UUGUGUCGUAUGUUGCAUUUUAUUUGCUGUUAGUUUACGUGAUUGAUCUUUUGGAUGUGAUAUGCCUUUAACACUGAGGAGCCCUGAUUGAGGUUUGGAAACCUGGUUGUUCUUUGAAGACAUCAUCUCUUCCGAAGCAGCAUCAAAAGAAAAAAAAAGAAAAAGACAUCUCUUGCGAAGGCACAUACCCUUUACAGCUAGCUACGGAGGCGUCCGUAUGCCAACUGCACCGGUAAAAGAAUGAAGUGUAGCGAUAAAUAAGCGGGAGGUUAGGCUUACUAUUCGGACCGCACCACGUGCAUAGCCAUUUACAAGAUGGGUUGGCAUUGUCAAUGUGGACUGCACAUUAUCGACGUGGAUGGUGACUCGACGGUGAUGGCAUGCAAACGCGGACCGAGUUAUGGAAAGGAGGGCGUGCGAGAGCGUGGCAACUGACAUAUUAAAUGUGCAAAACACGUGUUUAUUUGCGCUCACCGUCCAUCUUCCGUACUCACAGAUGAGAUAAUCCCCAUUUUUUUUUAAUAGGGGAAGGUUCUCGCUCCGCUACCCUACCCGUCCCUUGCCCUAUGAUUCAGGAGAAGAAUCGUAUAGAAUGCAUACCGCUCUUAUCUUUUGCCCUUCCCCGCUUCCUCCUCUCCGUUGUCCUCCGAACGGUAACGAGGGACAGAGCGACUGAUCUUCGCCCUCUUUCCAUUCAUCCAUCGAUAUCUACACCAUCAACUUUACAAUAGUUAUUUACAAUAAACGAUCGAGUCCCCGGGAUGGUGGAGCCGAGAUCCAUCUGCAAGAAUUCUUUGCAAUAGAGGUGGUUCGAGGAGGAAAGAAACUUGCAGUCGAGGUGUAGAGAGAGAGGAAGGUGGUUUGAGGAGGAAAGAAUUAUUUGCAGUCGAGGUGUAGAGAGAGAGGAAGGUAGUUUGAGGAGGAAAGAAUUAUUUGCAGUCGAGGUGUAGAGAGAGAGGAAGGUGGUUUGAGGAGAAAAGCCUCCAUGGCUGCUGCCGGUGGUGGUGGUGGUGGUUGUUUUGUGUUAGGGCCGUCGAGUAGCAGCGGCCAGGCACCAUCAUUCCCCAACGUCCAAAACUUCAACCAUCCUCCUAUUAUUAUUGGACCGCUCAACCACCACAACAACAACAGGCGACUGCGGCAAAGUGGUGGUCCUGUUCGGGCUGGCCCUUUGACAAAAAAGGUGUGUCCGGGAUUCAUCACUAAACAACAACAGCAACAGCAACAGCAACGCAAUGGAGGAGGAGGAGGAAGCCCCUUUUCUCUUUCUUUUACCACCAAUACUACCGAUUACAAGAAGCACAAAAAUCAAGACCCUGUCUCUUGCGAAAACCUGGAUCAGUGGAUGGUUGACUCCAUACCAGAGAUUGUCCGGAACAUAGGGAAAGCGCCCUUCUUGAUAUAUGUCUAUUCCCCAAUGGAUGAGGAGGGGAGAUGGCAGGAGAUAGUAGGCAUCGAUUCUUGGAAUGAAAUUCGAAGAUCGCUGAAUGAGAGGGGCCCUGAUGGCGUCAUUCUAGUGGAGGAGCUCCUCAACAAACAAGAAGAUGAUGAUGAUGGCGAAGGUCAAGUGGAGGGGGCCUGUUCUAGGUCUAAAUUGUGGGGUUUAUUGAUUCAAGGGAGCGGGGCUGAUGAUUCCUGUUCCUCCUCUCGUUGUUACAUUUUGGAAACUACUCGAAUCUGCUCAACGGUGGGCUUCUGUACUCAUUUUUGUUUAGCCAAAGCCAAGUGCUUUGGGGAAGCUGCAUCGGUGCAGCUUAGAAAUUCAUGGUUACACAACAAGUGAUCAAUAAAUUUAUUCAAAUU